CGACCUUGGGUGUUGGUGACCAUUGGCAGCUAUGGAAAACAGAGACCUCGGUGGUGAUCCUUAAAACAGUACCAUGCUGGAGCCCAGCUGUUCUGCCACUUUCUCCCCUUUCAACCUGCCGGACCCGGUGGGCUUUGGGUGACCUACCGAGAAGGAACCCACUUCCGCAGGAGCAGGCAGGCCAGAUCUGGCAGAUAGCGGAUAUGAGGACUUUGCUGACUUCAGAAAGCUGACAGAAACCAACAGACUUCAGUGAAAUACCCUUCCAAGCACAGAGACUUUUCGUAGCUUUAAAGUAACCUGUUGUUCAUCUGCAAAGACAUGGCUACUGGUUCUUUCAGCACACAUGGAAGAAGGCAACAAACAUUGUAACCCUGGAUAAUAAGACUGUAUUUUCCUUAUCAAAAGUAGGAGGUAGGCCAAUUAUAAAAGGAUUAUUUUAUGCUUAGCCUCCAGAACUUUAACUCUGGCCUGAACACUGGACAUAAGUAGAAGCCAAUUUUAAUGACCUGAGAUUUUGUUACCUGUGCAUUAUUAUUGUUAUCAGUUCUUUGGUACUUUAUUUCUUUAAAUUAGAAAUGGGUUCGUGGACUAAAAUGUGGCCCAUGGAUUGGGCUCUUCUCAUGAAAUCAUGGCUUAUCUUCUCCCUGGGGGUCUACAUACAGGUCUCCAAAACCUUGGCCUGCCCAAAAGUUUGCCGCUGUGACCGAAACUUUGUCUACUGUAAUGAACGAAGCUUGACCUCAGUGCCUCUUGGGAUACCGGAGGGUGUAACCGUGCUCUACCUCCAUAAUAACCAAAUUAAUAAUGCUGGAUUUCCUGCAGAGUUGCACAAUGUCCAGUCUGUGCACACAGUCUACCUGUAUGGUAAUCAGUUGGAUGAAUUCCCCAUGAACCUGCCCAAGAAUGUCAGGGUUCUCCACCUGCAGGAAAACAACAUUCAGACCAUUUCACGUGCUGCUCUUGCUCAGCUUUUGAAGCUGGAAGAACUGCACCUGGAUGACAACUCCAUCUCCACUGUUGGUGUUGAGGAUGGGGCGUUCCAGGAAGCCAUCAGCCUCAAGCUUCUGUUCUUGUCCAAGAAUCACUUAAGCAGUGUGCCGGUAGGCCUUCCACUGGACUUACAAGAACUUCGUGUAGACGAAAACCGAAUUGCUGUCAUUUCAGACCUGGCCUUCCAGAAUCUUACAAGUCUGGAGCGUCUGAUUGUGGAUGGCAAUCUCCUUACUAAUAAAGGCAUAGCCGAAGGCACCUUUAGCCACCUCUCCAAACUCAAGGAAUUCUCAAUAGUUCGGAAUUCACUGACUUACCCUCCUCCUGAUCUUCCAGGUACACAUCUACUAAGACUUUACUUGCAGGACAACCAGAUAACCCAUAUACCACUUACCGCCUUUUCAAACCUCCACAAACUGGAACGUCUUGAUAUUUCCAACAAUCAACUUCGGAUGUUGGCAAAGGGAGUAUUUGAUAAUCUCCAUAACCUGAGACAACUCACUGUAAGGAAUAAUCCCUGGUUAUGUGACUGCAGUAUUAAGUGGGUCACUGAAUGGCUCAAAUUUAUUCCUCCUUCCAUCAAUGUACGGGGUUUUAUGUGCCAGGGACCAGAGCAGGUCCGAGGUAUGGCAGUCAGGGAGCUCAACAUGAAUAUGUUGUCAUGUCCCACCACCACACCUGGUCUACCACUUAUCAUCACCCCAGUCCCAGCUACAACCAUGCCAACUACAUUAGUUCCCAGCUCAUCAUUUCCUCCCUCAAGUAGUAAAUAUAAUCCUCUCACUCCCAUCAUAGCCACACUCCCCACUGUGCCUGACAGGGAGGACAGAGAGAGGGUGACACCUCCUUUGUCUGAAUGGAUUCAACUCUCCAUCCAUUUUGUGAAUGACACUUGCAUCCAAGUCAACUGGAUGUCACUUUUUACCGUGAUGGCCUAUAAACUCACGUGGGUUAAGAUGGGCCAUAGUCUAGUAGGAGGAAUUGUUCAUGAACGAAUUAUUAGUGGUGAGAAGCAGCAAUCAAGCUUGGUAAAUCUGGAGCCCAAAUCCACUUACCGGAUUUGUUUGGUUCCACUGGAUACUUACAACAACUACCGAACUGGAGAAGACACUGUCUGUUCAGAAGCCACAACCAAGGCUUCCUUUUUGAAUGGCAGCAACAUCCCUUCUAGCCAUGAGCAGACAACUUCUCAGAACCUAGGCUCCCCAUUUCUGCUGGCAGGGUUGAUUGGGGGUGCAGUGAUAUUUGUCCUCGUGGUCUUGCUCAGCAUUUUUUGCUGGCACAUGCACAAAAAAGGUCGUUACACCUCCCAGAAGUGGAAAUAUAACCGGGGCCGUCGGAAAGAUGACUACUGUGAGGCAGGGACCAAGAAGGACAACUCCAUCCUGGAGAUGACGGAAACCAGCUUCCAGAUUGUCUCCUUAAAUAACGAUCAGCUCCUUAAAGGAGAUUUCAGACUGCAGCCCAUUUAUACCCCAAACGGGGGCAUUAACUACACAGACUGCCACAUCCCCAACAACAUGCGAUACUGCAACAGCAACGUCUCAGACCUGGAGCACUGUCAUACGUGAUAGUGAGGGAAGAUGGGGGUCUCCAGGACAAGGAGAAAAAACUCUAGAAAAAAUAAGCCCCCUAACAAUAAUGAAAAAAAAAUUACAUUUGAUAAAUGUUACACAGAUGCAUUUAUGCAUUGGAAUACUCUGUAAUUUAUACGGUGUAUUAUAUAACGGGAUUUAAAAAAAAAAAAAAAAAGUGCUAUCUUUUCUAUUUCAAGUUAAUUGCAAAUGGUUUUGUAACUCUUUGCUUUUUAAAUCUUUAAAAAAUAUUGCUGAGUACUGUACAGGGUUGUACAAUAAGAACCCAAUGUCAUGGCAAAGGAAAGAAUUACUCAUUCUUUAAACAUUAACCACUUUGCUGUCGAAGCAGUCUGAGGGAUGUUAAGUUUCUAGGUGUCCUGGAAUACAGGAAAAUAAGUGCAUAUUAAAACAGGGUCACUAGGAACAGACAAAAUCAAUUCCGAUAAAACGGGCACAACCCUUCUGACUUGAACCCAGCAGUUGCUGUUGAGCUUCAAACAAUUGGAAAUACAUCCGUUCCUCUUUGUCAGUUCUGCACUUCUCACCUCCAACUGAAAGCUGGAGUUCAGAGUGCUGCCAAAAAAACCUACUUUCUUGUUUGAUUACUUUUCUUUCAAACUACUCAGAAUAGGAAAUGUGCAAAGAGCAGCGUCAAACUCAAAGUGACCUUGAUUCCUAUUUGCAAAAGUUGCUCGGUAAAUGUCCCCAAUACUAGAUACUUUAUCUUAGAAACUGUUUGUGUUUUUCAUUAGGAUUAAGAAGCUUUAGGCAUUCUCUGACUCUUCUCAGUGGGAGGUGAAGGUUAUGUAACAGUGUGUAACAGAGAGCUGUCAUUAAGUUGCACCUCUUAUAUACAGCAUCAUUUGUUGACAUAGCAUGUUCAGCUAAAACCAGAGUGGGGGAAAUCCUGAGUGCCCCGAUCUCUGCAGUCAGUAUUCAUGUACAUGUUCAUGUAAUUUGAAAUCUAAAAGUGCAGAUUGCUGAAAACAUGGUGCAAAAUAUAAUGGCAAUGGAAAGGUUUUGGUAAUAAUUUGUGUGGUUCAAGCUUUGUUUGACUUAGGGGUCUGAGUUAUGUUCAGUAUGGAGAAAUAGAAAAAAAAAAAAAAAAAGACAAAAAGAGAGAACAAACAAGAAAUAUAUUGUAAAAACUUAUUUAGUACUGGAAAGACCUCCAGGGCUAUUAUGAACUGAAAUAUGUUUAGUGGGGAAAAUCUUGUACAAAUCUUGGUGGGAUUUGUUUGUUUGUUUUGCUUUUUUUCCCCUUCCCAAUUAAAGUAUACAGAGAUUGACAUUAACUAAGCAUUCAAUUGACUGGGGAAUUUUGAGAACACAGGUACACAGUGCCCCUCUGGAUUACCCUUCUUUCACCUUCAGCAUUUUUGAGUUUUUCAUAAUUAUUUCUGCUUCACAAGCAGCAGGUGGGUUUAGAAUUUGCUUUUUUGUACCCUCAGAUUGUUUGGCUGCAAUACCUUCUCAGUCCUUGAGUUUUACAUGCACUGUGCAAAACAUCAUGCUUGUAUUAAAACCAUAAUGCAGCUCUCAAAAUUGUGCAAUGUUUCAGCCACACUGCUAACACAAUGACUGCCAAGAACUGUGGUGGAAUCUAAUUAUUUGGGGGUUUUUCAGUUUGCCUUUUUAAUGUAUCUAAUUUUCUCCUGAGUUUGGGGACAAGCUAAAGCUACAUCACAUUGAAAACAAACAAACAAACAAACACCCCAAAAAUAAUCAAAACAAAAAAAGAUCGAGACAAAACUUCCCUGAGGUAGUAGGGAACCAAAGAGACAAAGUUUACAGUGAUUACCUAGGGAUAGACAGAAAGUUGCUGCAUGUGGAUUGGAAGUAAAGGCUGAAGCACUUUCACAGUGGAAUGCUUAGAAUUUUCACUUUAUGAAGCUCCUUAUGCUGGAAGAGAGGGUUUAAAUCCUUUCCUUCGCUCAUUUCAUUCAACCCAUUCUUGAAACUCAGCAGUCUAUAAGCAUGUCUUUCCUGCAAUUCAGAUCACAGGAUAACACUAAUUUUCUGCAGCCAAAAAAUGAACCCAGUUAUGAUUAAUGGCAAAGUACAACCAUUUUGUAAGGAAUCAUGUCCUUCCACCAACACAUUUUAAAAUCACAUUUGGAAUUCCACUCCAUAUUCUAUAUAUUUGCUAUUUUCUCCAGCUAUAGAAGUAUUCUAAACAACCUGUACCAGCUACUCUUAAUAGUUAAGUCACUAAAAUUUUGCUGAUUAAAGGUUUACCAUACGAGUUCAAAUGGCAUAAUUUUAGAAAUGUCUAUGCAAAGUGGAGGCAUUUUUCCGUGAUCUGUUUACUGAAGAUGAUGAUAAGGUUGAUAUUUUUGGGCUUUGGUUCUUUAUUUUGGUGGUAUUUUUGUAGGUUUUUUUUUGUUUGCUUUGUUUAACAUAUUUUAGGUGCCACAGCUCAAAAGACAAGCAGCAAAUAGUUGUGCUUCUGAACACUUUUGUUACAUGCUGGAGUUUGCUUGAAGUUAAGCAAAGCCAGUGAUUCCUGAUGGGUGUGGACAUAGUAUUUAAUUUCAAUGAAAUGACCAGUUGUACAUUUGGUUUCAAAAGUCCCCCUUUGAAAGUACAUGCUUACUAGAAUUUCGUACUUCAAUGACUGAUGUAGGAGGAAUCUUCUGUUCCAGACCUUAGAAUACCAUAGGCACCUUAUUUAUAGCAAUUGACUUAUUCAGGGAGUUUGGCCUGUACUGCAGGUGGAUGAUCCACAAGCCCAACCUGAUGACAACAAAUCUGGUUACUUCUCAAAUAGGGUGAAAAUAGAAGGCAUUCACAAACUGUUUGUUUUGAUUGUGAAUGAUGAAACAUAUAUAUAUCUACCUAUCUAUAUAUAUAUCUAUAUAUAGAUCGAUAUAUGUAUGUAGACCAUGACUUGCUUACCUAGAUCAAAAAACAAUGAUAUUAAAGAUAGCGUACUUUAUGCUUGUUUUCGGUAUGAAGAAAGAUAUACCCAUUUGUAUGGGAUACUGACAAAAGUUUCUUUACUUAUAAAGACUCUUCUGAAAAAACAUAGCAAGCGCCUUAUACCGAAAUUUGUGGAUAGAGCUGGCCAUAGUAUCGAAAAAAGUUCAGAGCUGUAAUCAGCUGAAGGGUUAUAUGUAUUAUUUGAUGAAUGUUUCUCCCAAUUUAAUUGUUCCUUAGCUCCAGAGCAGUAAUUGUAUUUCAGCCUACAAAAGAAUUUGGGACUUCUCAAAAUGCCAGUCACACAAACAUCUGAGAUUUCAUUUCAGUUCCCACCUAGAUAAGCACUUAGUGAGCUAAUUUCACUAGGUAAAGUAUGUAGAAGUCAGUUAAAAAUAGACAAUAAUCUUUCGGAAGUAAAAACUUAAAGGCUAGUAGUUUUUUCUUUGGGAUUUGUAAAAAUUGGGUGAUCUUCACUUAGAACAAAUAUCUGACCACAUAUAAUAACUAAAGGCAGGAGAGCAGAAGUGCCAAAUAUGUGCAUGUACAACUCACUCAAAAUGUUCACUUUUAAUCAAGUUCAUUGGAUCUGGUGACAAAUUAUUUUUUUCAGACAAAAUCUCACCCACCUUCCAUUGUAUACUGCUAGUAGUUGACAUAGAUGUGAAGAAAGAUUGGUGAGUAGAAUAACAUAAUAAUUUAAGUGAAAUUGUGUUAAAGAAGUAUCAAUAUACUGCUUUUCCCAGUUCCUUCCCAGAACUUGGGUUCCUUCUGUAUACAUAUUUAUUUACAAACAGGUCCUUAUUUUCAUGGAUUCUGUCACUUUAACCAGUGUUCCUUGCAUGUGGCUUGCUGGCAGAAGCAAACACCUGAUUAAUGCAUGGACUUUGUGUUAACAGGUUCUUAUAGGAACGUUAUUACUGAAUUUCUUAAUAAGAAUUUAUGGGGAAUAAGCUACUUUGAAUUGAAAAUAUAUUAGCGGUUUUCCCUGUAAGCCAAUAAAGGACUACACUGACUAUCAUAUAAAACAGAAAAAUUAAGUAGCAUAUGAUAUUUGCUACUAGAGUAGUUCAACUAUAUUUUUCUCUGAAUAAUUUUCUUUUUUUCAUGAGAGCAACUUUCUCCAUCUGAAAAAAUUAUUAAUUUCAGUUUUGAAAACAAAAGAACUUUAUUCAUAUUGAUAUUAUUGUUUUAAGGGUCUACAUAAGGCACUUUAUUAGUGGCAUUGAAGUGAAAGUUCAGUCUCAGCUUUUGACAGUAAAGUGGUUAAUUCCCAUUGAAUUCUACAUUUAUAGUACUUCUUCACCUUAAAUUUAACAUGGAGAUAUUAAA